AUGGGCGGCGGAGGAGGGGAGCACGGUCAUGGCCAUGGGGUCACAGGUGACUUUAGGGCGAAGGUGUGGAGCAUGACGGGCGGGCCUUACUGCCGACCGAAGCACUGGAGGAGGAACACCGCCAUCGCCAUGUUUGGCAUCGUUCUUGUGUGCAUCCCGAUCGCGAUGAAAUCCGCCGAGCUCGAGGUUCCCUCUAAUCUUCUUCCAUUUCCGCCCCUCUCCCUCAUUCUUCUGGAAACCUAAUACUAUGCGUUCAUCAAUUAUCUGUUGCGCUACAUGCUACAUCCCUGAUUGGCUCAAUGUCAUUGGGAAAUUUAAUUCGUAUUAUCUAAAAAAAAAUGCACUAUUGAAGUAUGACGAUUCAUUAUCGCAUUGUCCACAGGGAGUCUAGCUUUUUUUCGAAAUGUUCCUAGUUUCCUAGAUAUUUCAGAUUGGCGGGCGUUUGACUCCUGUACAUGAGAAUACAAUUUUCAUGUUGAAUACAUCCGAAAGUUAGCUUAUGUGACCUUCGAAGCCUAGUUAGUUGAUUGUUCUACGUAGGGAAUCUGCAAAUGCGGCAUAAUAUUCGGUCACCAAAGGGUGGACGUGAAUGUUUGAACAGGGUUGGAGAUUAGAUUUCUGGAAUGGAUAACUUACUUUAGAUAUCAUACCUAGAGCAUUGAAAACCAGAUGUAGAGCGAGACGGGAUGGGGUCGAAAUUUGUUUAUUUAGUUGACCGCAUCAGAAAGAAUUUCCGUAGGAAACGUCUUCAUCAAAUGUGUGAUGUUCUAGGAGAUGGCGUUUGAGUUGAAAGAUAAUCUCUGGAAACCUUGGAUUUGUACUUCUAUUGGAGAAAGACUCUGAUGAUAUCACUGUUUACAUGCACACAUUUGCGAGAGUGAUAAUAUCAUCCAUUUUUUUGGUAUUUUUUGCACCUUCAUCCCUAGCCCUUCUGGUGAUUUAUUCUAUAAUAGUAGGUGCUGAUGGGCCAGGGAUGGCUGUGUAUGACGCAUUCACACAUGCAUUCGGAUUUAAUUUUUUCUGCUCAUAUUUUAUCAACCUCAUGGCAGGUGUUGGAGGAUAUCAUCCUUUGCCAUUCCAGUUUUUCCCUUUCUCCAUGUCAUUUUGACAAAAUCCUACCAAUAGGUUCUUCUCUCUUCUUGGUUACCAUUGAUUAUAAGAAUCAAGAACCAAAUAUGUCACGUAUCAAUCAUGCAUGGAAAACUGUCACCGCUAGGUAUGGCAGAGACCUUAUUGGCUGAUGCAAUCACCUUAAGUGGCUACUAUGCUUGAGUCCCCUCAAUCCUGCAAAUAUUGCAAAAUUAGUAGUGCAGUUGAUUAGCUUUCAGCAAUGAUGCACUCAGUGAGUGUCCUAAUAACUUUUAUACUUUUUUCUAGAAUCUCCCUUCAUAUUUUAUUAUAUCUAUUGGUUUUAAAGCUUUCCUGGGAUUUUUCUCUGUUUCAAUGAUGUUUAUCAAAUUGUAGGUGUAGUUAAUACUACGUCGCGGUUUUGUGAUUUGAUGUUUAAUAUUCUGGAAUCAGAUUUUCGGGUGUUGGAAAAAUCAAAACUAAAAAGUUGGAGCUUUACAGAAAAAACUUUAACAUAUUAUGACACGUUGGAACAGGAAAAUAAUAAUGGAGACAAAUAUUUCGAACUUGAAGGGGUCCAAAAUCAUAGUUCUGCAUGUUGAAAAAAUCCCUAAUUGGCAACUUUCUAACAUCAAUAUCCUGAUUUCAGCGCAAGAAGAAAUAGAUUACAUCGAUCAUACGUCAUGUUCAAUAUUGUUCUAUACGAUCAGAAGGUGCUUUUAUUAAGAAAAAUAGUUGUGGUCGUCUUGUAGGAGAAGCUGAUCUUGAUAUGAUGAGAACUUUCCCAAUUAAUUUUUGAGAAUCAUUAUAUUAAAAAAGCAAUUCAGAAGAAAAGUUGCCCUUUGAAUAAAGUAAGGAUCUUACAAGGCCAGAUCUAGCAAAAUCAUCAGAUUUUUUCCAAGCUGUGGAAGAAAUUAUUCCCACAUUCAUGUAACAGUGAGGAUCAACGUUGAAGACAAGGUUCUCCAGGUCUCAUUUCGGCCUCUUCAACUGCAAGCAUCUGAGCUUCUUUUUCUGGCCAGUGGCAAAACCUCUCUCUAAGUCAUCAAGUAAACAGUACUUCCAAUGUCCAUGGGCAUCUCUUCUGUUACUGGUCAAGCUUUUCACAAAUCAGCGUCUUAGAGGCUGAUGACAUCCUAUAUACCCACUAACCACAAGUCUGAACUAGGAAAAUAAAAAAAAUUGGCUCUCUGUGCCUCGAGGAACUAAUAUCUCUGAUCAUAGUGAUUUAUUGUAAAGUUGUGCACAUAAUAUAUUAAUCACUGAGACAUAUUAAUAAGUUUAUUCCGGCCUAAUCAGAUGUGUAAGCACUUGGGCAGGAUUCUUCAGUAACACCAUCUGAUUUUAUUUUUUUUAUAUUCCAUUUUCUUCCCCUGAAUUGAACAUAUGGGCAUGUGACGAUUUGAUAAUCUCUCUCAGCUUUAAUGAAUCGGUUAUCUUCAGAACUCAUCUAUGAAUUUUCUUCAUCUUCGAAUCAUGUUGUCAUCGAUCAAUGGCCUCUUUGAAUAUGGUCUACUCAUAACAGUUCACUGGACUCUUCUAAACAUGAACAAAUCGGAGUAGGAAUCUCUCUCCCCCCUCUCGCUCCGUGCCACAACUGGAAGAUGGGUCCCACCUGCCACAUGGCAUAUCCACUUGGAUUUUCGUGGAGCCCACAAAGACAAAUGGCUGAUUCUCAUUGGUUUGACACAGAAUUUUAAUCUUCUUUUUUUUCCUCGCAGCAACGGCCGCAUCACCCUGUGCACCCCAUCCCUUCACAGCUCUGGUGCAAAAACUUUGGAAACAAGGAGUACUGA